AUGCAUCUCGUGUUCUCUGAAAUCAAACCGUUCGUAACGCAGCACGAACCGGACGUCCCGGAGGAUGAUUUACCGGAACUCUCCAGAACGAGAGAUUUAUCGAAAGCUGAUUUUACCGUGCAGUGGAGUCGAUUUUGCGCGAAAAGGAAGUUGAAUCCCGCGGAGUACGUGAAGAAUCUCUCGGAAACUAUUCAAAAACAAAUCGAAGACGGCGCGCACCAGGACGGGUUCAUCAAGUCCGUCCAAGGCGUCGGGCCGUACAUGAACAUUUUCGUGAAGAGGCAAAAAGUUUUUAAACUGGCGAUUAACGCCAUCAUCGAGCAAGGCACGAAGUACGGGUGCACGAACGCCGGGCAAGGGAAGAAAGUUAUCAUCGAACACACGUCGAGCAACCCGAACGCGCCGUUGCACAUCGGGAACUUGAGAAACGUGAUGAUAGGCGCGCACUUGGCGAGAGUGAUGCAAGCGUGCGGGUGUGAAGUCACGCAAGCGUUUUACGUGAACGAUUUAGGAGCGCAGAUUGGGUUAACGGCGUUGGCGUAUUCGAGAAUUUAUACCAAGAUAAAGCCGACGAUGAAAAUCGACCAGUGGAUUGGCGCUAUGUACGCGGUGAUGAACACGUGCCAAGAGUUGCAACAGGUUGGCGUGCAACCGGGAGAUUUAGAGGACGCGUGCAAAGCCGGCGAAGACGCCGUGAAAGCGUUGUUAGAGAAAGCCCUAGCCGAAGCCGGAAACGACGAAAAGAAAAUAAAAAGUAUCAACGAAUACUUCGACAUCUACCAAGAUUUGCGAGGAAGAUUUCAAGACAUGAUGGAUAUCAUGAUUCAAGACGUUCGCGAAAUUUCAGAUAUUAAAACCGAAGCUGGUAAACUCAACUUGGCGUACGAACGCCAAGAACCGUGGGCGAUCAAAAUCUUUCGCAAGAUGGUCAUCGAUUGCUUAACCGGCGUUCAAGAAACUUUGUCCAACUACGGCGUGAAGCACGACCGUUUCGAUUUCGAAUCCGAGCUCGGAUGGGAAGGCUCGAACGAUAAAGUUUUGGAGAUUAUGAAAAACUCUGAUUACUUUGUCCCGCAAACGGAGUGCAACGACAAAGGCGUCCCGCAGGGCGCGUAUUUAGAUAUGGACGCGUUUAUUCGCGACCAAAAGUUCAAAAUCGGCAAAGGCGGCUAUCAAAAAGACUACCCGCCGUUAUACGUCUUGCGCCCGGAUGGUUCUACUUUAUACACCUACCGCGACAUCGUCUACUCGUUCAAGAAAGCCUCCAUGUCGGAUUUAAUCUUGAACAUCAUCUGCUCCGAGCAAGAUUUGGCGCAACAAAAAGUAGCGCUCGGGAUGUGCAUGAUGAAUCCAGCCAUGAAAGGCCGGCAGUACCACCUCUCUUACGAUUUGGUCAAACUCACCACCGGCAAAAUGUCCGGUCGUCGCGGUCGAUACUUGUUAGCCGACGACCUCUAUCAAGACUUGAAAGACAUCAUCAAAGAGAAAAUGGCCAAGAAAUCCGAAGAUAAGGGCGAAAAAGUCGACGAAAAAGCGUUCGAGAGCGUCACUCACGAAGUCUCCGCCGCGGCUAUGAAAUACGCACUCCUUUCGUGCGCCUGUCAAACGCAAAUCAACUUUGACAUUGCGAAAAUCACCGAUUUCGAGGAUGCCUCGGCGCCGUUCAUCCUCUACAACUCCACUCGUUUACGAUCAGUCAUAGCCAAAUACGAAUCGAGAGUCGCCACUGGCGAGCUUCCGCCACUCGCGGAUAUCAAAGAAAUGGAAUUUGACGAGUUAGUCGACGAUAAAGAGUGGGCCUUGCUAAUGGAAUACGUCUUACCGUUCUCCCAAAUGCUGUGCGACGCCGCGUUGCCGAAACUCCCGGAACCUCCCGCUUUACCUUCCUACGGUACCCACAAAGUCUGCGAAUUCCUCAACGCCAUGGUCCGUGCGGUGUCUGGAUAUUACGGCCCAGCCGGCGUUCGCAUCCUCCCGAUGACGAACCACGUCAAAGAAGGCGAACACAUGUGGAACAAAAACGCCAUGUGGCAACGCGUCCACUAUUUGACGGCGUUGCGACAAGUCCUCGACAACGGUUUGCGUUUGUUAAUGAUCGAGCCGUUGGAGAAGAUGUAA